CAGCAGCAGAGAGCAGACUUUCCUGAACCCAGCUGUGUGUCCAUGAGGAGUGACUGGUCUAAGGGUAUUCCUAUUCAGUUUCAAGAUGGACAACCUGCUGAUGGAAGAGUUCAGCAGCAGAGCUCAGAGGAUCCCUGUGAUCCGUCUGCACAGCAGCAUCAAACAUACGUGGACCCCAGAUUUAUGUUGCUGGAGGAGAACAUCGUCACUUUUGUGAAAAAUGAGCUGAAGAGAGUCCAGAGCAUUCUGAGUCCAGAUUACCCAAAAUGCUUAGAGAGUCAGAGUGAGGAUGAGGAGGUGUUGGACAGUGAGAAUGAAGAGCAGGGGAGGAGCAACAGAGAGGCAUUUCUGAAGAUCACACUGCACUUCCUGAGGAAAAUGAAACAGGACGAGCUGGCUGACCGUCUGCAGAACAGAACUCCUGCUGCACUGUGUCAACAUAAACUCAAGUCUACCCUGAAGAAGAAGUUCCAGUGUGUGUUUGAGGGGAUUACUAAAGCUGGAAACCCAACCCCUCUGAAUCAGAUCUACACAGAGCUCUACAUCACAGAGGGAGGGACUGCAGAGGUCAAUGAUGGACAUGAGAUCAGACAGAUUGAAACAGCAUCUAGGAAACCAGACAGACCAGAAACCACAAUAAGACAAGAAGACAUCUUUAAAGCCUCACCUGGAAGAGAUUAACCAAUAAGAACAGUGAUGACAAAGGGAGUGGCUGGCAUUGGGAAAACAGUCUUAACACAGAAGUUUACUCUAGACUGGGCUGAAGACAAAGCCAACCAGAACAUACAGUUCACAUUUCCAUUCACUUUCAGAGAGCUGAAUGUGCUGAAAGAGAAAAAGUACAGCUUGGUGGAACUUCUUCAUCACUUCUUUACUGAAACCAAAGAAGCAGGAAUCUGCAGGUUUGAAGAGUUCCAGGUUGUGUUCAUCUUUGACGGCCUGGAUGAGUGUCGACUUCCUCUGGACUUCCACAACAAUGAGAUCCUGACUGAUGUUACAAAGUCCACCUCAGUGGAUGUGCUGCUGACAAACCUCAUCAGGGGGAAACUGCUUCCCUCUGCUCGUCUCUGGAUAACCACACGACCUGCAGCAGCCAAUCAGAUCCCUCCUCAGUGUGUCGACAUGGUGACAGAGGUCAGAGGGUUCACUGAUCCACAGAAAGAGGAGUACUUCAGGAAGAGAUUCAGAGAUGAGAAGCAGGCCAGCACAAUCAUCUGCCACAUCAAGAAAUCACGAAGCCUCCACAUCAUGUGCCACAUGCCAGUCUUCUGUUGGAUCACUGCUACAGUUCUGGAGGAUGUGUUGAAAAACAGAAAGGGAGGAGAGAUGCCCAAGACCCUGACUGAGAUGUAUAUCCACUUCCUGGUGGUUCAGUCCAAACUGAAGAACAUCAAGUAUGAUGGAGGAGCUGAGACAGAUCCACUCUGGAGUCCAGAGAGUAGGAAGAUGAUUGAGUCUCUGGGAAAACUGGCUUUUGAGCAGCUGCAGAAAGGAAACCUGAUCUUCUAUGAAUCGGACUUGACAGAGUGUGGUAUCAAUAUCAGAGCAGCCUCAGUGUAUUCAGGAGUGUUCACACAGAUCUUUAAAGAGGAGAGAGGGCUGUACCAGGUCAAGGUGUUCUGCUUCAUCCAUCUGAGCGUUCAGGAGUUUCUGGCUGCUCUUCAUGUCCAUCUGACAUACAUCAACACUGGAGUCAAUCUGCUGGAAGAAGAACAAACAACAUCCCGGUGGUCUAAAGUGUUCGGAGGCAAAUCAACACAUUUCUACCAGAGUGCUGUUGACGAGGCCUUACAGAGUCCAAAUGGACACCUGGACUUGUUCCUCCGCUUCCUCCUGGGUCUUUCACUGCAGACCAAUCAGACUCUCAUACAAGGUCUGCUGACACGGACAGAAAGUAGCUCACAGACCAAUCAGAAAACAGUUGAGUACAUCAAGAAGAAGAUCAUUGAGAAUCUGUCAGCAGAGAGAAGCAUCAAUCUGUUCCACUGUCUGAAUGAACUGAAUGAUUGUUCUCUAGUGGAGGAGAUCCAACAGUACCUGAGAUCAGGAAGUCUCUCCACAAAUAAACUGUCUCCUGCUCAGUGGUCAACGCUUGUCUUCAUCUUACUGUCAUCAGAAAAUGAUCUGGACGUGUUUGACUUGAAGAAAUACUCUGCUUCAGAAGAGGUUCUUCUGAAGCUGCUGCCAGUGGUCAAAGCUUCCAACAAAGCUCUGCUGAGUGGCUGUAACCUCUCAGAGAGAAGCUGUGCAGCUCUGUCCUCAGUUCUCAGCUCCCAGUCCUGUCGUCUGAGAGAGCUGGACAUGAGUAACAACAACCUGCAUGAUUCAGGAGUGAAGCUAUUGUCUGCUGGACUGGGAAGUCCACACUGCCCACUGGAAACUCUUAGGCUGAGUGGCUGUAACCUCUCAAAGAGAAGCUGUGCAGCUCUGACCUCAGUUCUCAGCUCCCAGUCCUCUAGUCUGAGAAAGCUGGAGCUGAGUAACAAUGAUCUGCAGGAUUCAGGAGUGAAGCUACUUUCUGCUGGACUGGAGAGUCCACACUGCAGCCUGGAAACUCUCAGGUUGAGUGGCUGUAACCUCUCAAAGAGAUGCUGUGCAGCUCUGUCCUCAGUUCUCAGCUCCCGGUCCUCUAGUCUGAGAGAGCUGGACAUGGAUAACAACAACCUGCAGGAUUCAGGAGUGAAGCUGUUGUCUGCUGGACUGAAGAGUUCAAACUGCAGACUGGAAAGUCUCAGCCUGUCAGGAUGUCUGAUCACAGAGGAAGGCUGUGCUUCUCUGGCCUCAGCUCUGAGCUCCAACCCCUCCCAUCUGAGAGAGCUGGAUCUGAGCUUCAAUCAUCCAGGAGACUCAGGAGAGAAGCUGCUGUCUGCUGGACUGGAGGAUCCACACUGUAGAUUGGACAGUCUCUGGUUGGACCAUGGUGGACUGCAGAGACUGAAACCUGGUGUGUGGAAGUAUGCCUGUGAACUGGAACUGGACACAAACACAACAAACAGAUUACUCAAACUGUCUGACAACAACAGGAAGGUGACAUGUGUGUCCCUGGAUCAGUCAUAUCCUGAUCAUCCAGACAGAUUUGACUGCAGGCCUCAGCUGCUGUGUAGAAAUGAUCUGACUGGUCGCUGUUACUGGGAGGUUGAGUGGAGAGGAAGAGUUGAUAUAUCAGUGACUUAUAGAGGAAUCAGCAGGAAAGGAGGCAGUGACGACUGUGUGUUUGGAUGGAAUAAUCAGUCCUGGAGUCUGAACUGCUCUAAUGAUGGUCGUUACUCUGUCCGUCACAAUAAGACAGUAACAGCCAUCUCCUCCUCCUCCUCCUCUGUCUCUAACAGAGUAGCAGUGUAUGUGGACUGCCCUGCUGGCACUCUGUCCUUCUACAGAGUCUCCUCUGACACACUGAUCCACCUCCACACCUUCAACACCACAUUCACUGAACCUCUGUAUGCUGGCUUUGCAGUCUGGCCUGGUUGGUUUGGUUCCUCUGUGUCUCUGCAUCUGAGAGACUCUCCCUCCUACAGAAUCUCUGCUGACUGAAGAUCAUCUGCUGGAAUCAAACAUCAGACACACUCUGCACUGUGAAGCAGAUCUGUCUCAGACUCAAACACUCAAUUAUUUUUCCUUCUACAUGAUUCAUUGAUUUGUCUCAGUUGACUCUGCUGUUGUUACUGUCGGGAUCCAAUGAGCAGCUUGCAGCUCUAUUCAUGGUUUAAUAGAAUAACAUCUGUCCAGCUGUGGAAGCCCAAGGUGUUUUUGUACUUGUUUUGUACUUUUGUCACUUGUAUUUUAUCACAUCAUCAUCAAUAAAAACUAUUCAUGUCAU